GUUUCGUUGAAAUAUGAGAAAACCUUCUAAUAUCUUAUUAUAAAUUCUCUGUUAUCACUUAUAAAUAGAUAGGACCUUAGACAUAACCUCCUCAACUCUCUCCCCAAACCAUCGUAUGAUAGGAAGAAAGAUAAAGGAAAGGAGUACUGCUGAUUGAGCCUUACAGAUCAAACAGAAAUAUCUGAUGACAUCAAAAGCCAUUUUCGGAUUGUGGAUCUGUGAAUUGAAUCGUAGACAAAAUGGAGCAGAUAAACUCACAACCAUCUGAAGAAGAUAGCUGUGGUGAAUCGACGAACAAAGGGAAUGAAGAUUUGAAGAAGGGACCAUGGACAUCUGCUGAGGAUGAGAUUUUGGUGAAUUAUGUUAACAGAUUUGGUGAGGGGAACUGGAAUGCCGUUCGGAAGCACACAAAACUCCGUCGAUGUGGCAAAAGCUGUCGUCUACGGUGGAUUAAUCAUCUCAGGCCAAAUUUAAAGAAAGGUGCUUUUACAGAAGAUGAGGAGCAGCUGAUCAUUGCACUCCACUCUAAGAUGGGAAACAGAUGGGCUCAGAUGUCUGCAUUUUUGCCUGGGCGUACCGAUAAUGAGAUAAAGAACUACUGGAAUACACGAAAGAAGAGAUGCCAGCGUACUGGUUUGCCCCUUUACCCUCCAAAUGCAUGCCACAAUGUCUCCGAGGAAAAUUUGCAAAGCUCACGUCUCAGCAAGUACAGCUACAGUUAUGAUCAGCCUCUUGAGCUCCUUCAGGGAAGCUUCCCUGGCAGUCCUGAUAUUAUAUCUGACAACUUCCAGACAAGUUAUGGGGCUUCCUCCUAUGCAAUGCCAUUUGCGGAUGCAGCGGGUUUUGGAUCCCAGAAUUAUUCCUUUGCAAAUCCAACAGCUAAUUGUCUUGAGCAAUCUACAGACUCUGAAAAAUUUCUCCUUGCCUUACAUGGUAGUGUUGCGGAUGUUUAUCCUACAACCAAACAAUUUUUGUUUCAGCCUUCAGGAAGCACACCUUGGAAUUGUUUUGGUUCUCUCCAUGGUGCUGAUCCCAGCAGCCAGAGCCUGGCACCUUUGCUAGGUGCCGUCCCUGGCAGCCAUGCCCUUCUAAAUGAUACCUUCUCUACUUAUUGUCCCACUCGUGGAACUGCAAAGUUAGAGCUCCCUUCAGACCAAUGUGUAGAGACUGAUGCCAGUAGCAGGCUUACCUGCCCAGCCACACCUGUUUCAGUUUAUAAUGUUCAAUCUCCAUCAGCAACUGUCUCAGUGCAAUCCAAUUUUGUUUCACCAUGGAAGAGUGGUCCAAUGCUUCGACAGGCGCAUGUACUGAGCGAUGCAGAGAAGGAACCAUCCGAGAUGAGCUCAAUUACUUCUACCAUCAAACCCAAUGAUGUUUUCGAGUGCUCAGGUCUUAGUAUCAAUGAUAUGGAGUUGUAUUCUACAGCUGUUGCUGAUUCAUAUAUGGAAUCUCCAUCAGCUCUCGUCUCAUUGCAAUCCAAAUGUUUUCCACCAUGGAAGAGUAGUCCGGUGCUUCAAGAGGCUCAUGUACUGAGCAGUGCAGAAAAAGAACCAUCUUUGAAGAGCUCCUCAGUAACUCCUAUUGUUAAAUCCAGUGAUGUGUCAGAGUGUAGUAUCAACGGGACAGAAUUGUACUCUUCACCUGUUGCAUUUGAUAGGUAUGUCAAAUCUCCAUCAGCUACUAUCCCAUUCCAGUCCAGUUGUGUUACACCAUGGAAGAAUGUUCCAUUAAGAUCAGUACUUCAAGAGGGGCAUGCACCGGGCAGUUCAGAGGCAGAAUCAUCUGAGAAGAGGUCAGUGACUUCUAUCAUGAAACCCAAUAAUGUGAUCUGCUCUUCAGGGUUAAGUAUCAACGACAGAGAGUUUAAUUCUAAACCUGUUGUAGCUGAUACAUAUGUGGGAUCUCCACCAGCAACUUUCUCGUUGCAAUCGAAAUAUCUUACUUCAUGGAAGAGCGAUCCAGUUCUGGUAGAGGCAGAUGCAUUUGAUAGUGCAGAGGAAGAACCAUCCAAAAAGUUCUGUUAAAAGUGUUCACUGCCAAGUAUGAAUGACACAGGGUUGGAAGAACUCUUCGAUCCAAAAUUUCAGUUCUCAUGCUUCCAUCUGGACUGAGUUCCCGUGCCCUUCCAACGGUGGCAGUUCAUUGCAUUAUCUUCAUAUUUAAGUUUUGUGGUAUCAUUGAAAAUGGGAAAGAAUUCAUGAAUUUUUUUAGGUCCAGAAAACAUUCAUUCCGACAAUUACAUCGUUGAUGUUUCCAUGUGAAUAGAAUGUACUCAUUGUUCCACAGUAUGGUGCAAUAAAACAAAGAGUCUCACGGCCUGGAAGUGGAGACCUUUCUGUU